AUGGGUUACGGGAAAAAGAAAAUCGAGAUCAAGAAAAUUGAGAAAACAUCAUCCCGAAACGUCACCUUCACCAAAAGGAGACAAGGGUUAUUUAAAAAAGCUCACAAAUUGGAAUCCAUGAGCCGAUUCAAAAUCGCGAUUCUCGUCUUCUCGCCUGCCGGAAAACCCUUCACCUACGGGGAUACCGAGUCAGCAAUGGAAACCCUCUUGAAUUUUUACAGUCAUAAUGACUCGAAUGAAUCGAUCUCUGGGUGCCAAACUGAAAUCUUUUUUAAUGAUAAGACCACACUUCUUGAAACUGAGUGUUGUUCCAGAUCUGAUGAAAUCAACUUGCCCCAAUUGACUUUGACAGGGGAUUCGAGUGAAAUUCGAAUUGGGAUUGGUGGGGAUGAUGAUGUUUGUGGUGGUUUUCAGUCUGCCUCCUACUUCACAAAACCCUUCACGGCAAACUCUGAGGCGAAUACAAGUGGGAAAAAUGAAGGACCUGAACCGUUAAGCGUUGAUGAUUACGAGUUAAAUUGUUCAGUCCCCUUUAUGAGCUAUUUGAUUAAUGAAGAAACAAACCAAGAAUUCGGAUUUAUGCCAGCGAAAUCAAGCAAUCAAACUGAGCACGAACAAGGGAAUGUUAAUUGCAGCAAAUUUGCGGCCAGCACAACCGAUGUAGCCAGCACAAGUGCAGAAAAUGAAGAAUUUGGGGCGUUAUCAACCUGUUGUUCUGGGAUUGUUGUUGAUCCUUCAUAUUAUGAGUUGAAUUAUGGAGAUCCCUUGAUGGGCAAUUCUUUUAGUGGUGAAAGAAGUCAAGCAUUUGGGUGUAUGACAAACAAUUUUGUGGGCGACAGUUUUGGUUUCAGUGGUGCAAUUGCUGCUAUAUAG